AUGAUGGAUUCUCGAAACCCAAGUCGAAGAGGUUACAAUGGGGGCUACUUUCGUGACACAGCCUAUUAUUCACAACGCAAUUCCACUGCCGGUUCAAGGACGCUGCCUGCUUCCUCGGGUCGAGGCUCGAAUAAUCAGCAACUACAGCAGCAGUCCCAACACUCCUACAUUUCGAGCGAUCGUCGGCCCGAUCGUAUCCGAACAGCGGGACGUGGGCGUUCUGGCCUAUAUCAUCUACAGCAUCCCCAAAUCUCUGAUCAGUCUGACAUGAGCCACCAAGUAGCCUCACGGCAGUCUUACGCUCAGCAGCCGCUAGAGACUAAGAACGGACGAGUUUCGAGUUCCGGACCUCGUGAGUCAAACUUCUCCGGCCCCAACAAACGUGGCAACCAGGAGCACAGGCAUAAAGGCGUUGGUGGAGUCAAUGACUCAUCCAGGCACUUUUCGGCAGCACAGCAGCCAGCUCGCUUUAGUGAACAGCGUUCAACAGAGGGGCCAGAAAUGGCAACCAGCAACAGUGUCUCACGCCGUCGAAAUGCACCUUCCAGCACGGCUGUCGCAGGCUAUCAUCAUGAUAAGCAGCAUGAAUUGCUUGAACCAGACAACUCUGUUGGAGGCCAAGAAGGACGAUCAGUCAAUGACGGCGAGGAUUCUCGCUGCCACCCUCCACAAAGCGAUAACAUGUGA